AUGAGCCACCUGCCCACCCUGCCGCCCGUACCGGGCAACCUGCCGGGCAUGGAGCAGCUGCAGUUCAGCCUCGGGGGGGCCGCUGCUGGGGCUGGCCUCUUCGGCGCCGUGCCUGGCGCUGGUGCCGCCAGAUACCAGGCCGCCGGUUAUCCAGGCCUGGACCCGGCGCUGGCUGCCGCGCUCGGCCUGGACUGCGGCGGCCUGCAGGCCCUGGCCGCCGCUGGCGCGGUGGGCCUGGGCGCCGCGCUGGCCACGGACGGCGCCGGUCUGCACGCGGCCUCCCUCGCCGCCCUCCAGGGGCUGAGUGCGCAGGCCGCCGAGGUGUCGUCCAGCUCCAGCCACGGGCCGAAGAGGACGCGCCGCCCCCCGCCUGCCCGAGCGCGCGAGGCCCGCAGCCCUGCAGGCUCGUGA